UUUUUAAUUCCAACUUGAGUCCUUCACUAUGUUGUUUAAAUCCUUAGUUCAAGCUUCACUCGUUGCUUCUGUUUUAUCUCGUCCUUUACACCAACAUCAUGAACAUGAUAAAAGAGACGUUAAAUUAGUUACCAAAACCAAUCUUGUUGUAGUCACUGUUGGUAAUGGUCAACCAACCACUUUCCAACACGUUGAUUUACCCAAACCAAGUUCUUCUGUUAGUGUUAACACUGAUACCACUUACACUCCUCAAAAUAAACCAACUGCGGUUUCUUCAGUUGCUUCAGUUUCCACCAGUGAAGCUGAAACCGAAACCGAAUCUUCUGCUUCUUCUGAAUCCACCGAAUCUUCUUCUGGUGGUUCUUCUGCUUCUGGUAACGGUAUCACUUACUCUCCUUACUCUAAUGAUGGUGGUUGUAAAUCAUCUUCUCAAAUCAAACUGGAAAUUGAACAAUUAGCUGAGUUUGAUAUUCUUAGACUUUACGGUGUUGAUUGUGAUCAAGUUAACGCAGUUAUGUCUGCUAAAAAACCUUCCCAAAAAGUUUUCGCUGGGAUUUUCGAUGUUGCCAACAUUCAAGAUUCGGUUGAUACUUUAUCUAAAGCCGUUGAAGCUAAUGGUGGUUGGGAUCACAUCCAUACCGUUUCUGUUGGUAAUGAAUUGGUCAACUCUGGUGAAGCCACCGUUGGUCAAGUUAAAGGCUACGUUUCCACCGCUAAAUCUGCUUUGAAAUCCGCUGGUUACUCUGGUCCAGUUGUUGCCGUUGAUACUUUUAUUGCUGUUAUUAAUAACCCAGGUUUAUGUGAUAUUGGUGACUAUACCGCCGUCAACGCCCAUGCUUUCUUUGAUGGUUACGUUACCGCCGAAGACGCCGGUGACUGGGUUCUUUUACAAAUUGAAAGAGUUGCCACCGCUUGUUCAAAUAAAAAAUCCGUCUACAUUACCGAAACCGGUUGGCCAUCUAAAGGUGAAUCCAAUGGGGUUGCCGUUCCUUCUAAAUCUAACCAAAAAUCAGCCAUCUCUUCCAUCAAGAAAUCUUGUGGUAAUGAUGCUAUUUUAUUCACUGCUUUCAACGAUUACUGGAAAGCUGACGGUUCUUUUGGUGCCGAAAAAUUCUACGGUAUCCUUUCUAACUAAUUCUCUUAGUAUCGCCUUGUUUCUUCUUAUGUUUCUAUUCUCUUUUUCUUACCCUUUUUUUUUUGAGUUUAGUUUGAUUAAACUAAAUUUCUUGAUAUCCCCUUUUUAGUCAAAAUAUAUGAAUAGCUC